AUGUUGUUUUUUGGUAUUCUCCUCUUUUUUCUCCAAGACACGGAGGCGUAUCAUUUUACACAUGGGUGUUACGUGCAAAAACGAAUUGAGCAAGUCGCUUCUCGAACGAAAGUUCUUAAUUUUCAACUCCACAAAACUAAAAAGGUGGAACGGCGCAUAUUAAGAAAUUUAGAUCAAAUCUAUGCUGAUCUCAAAACUGUAACAUCCCGAGAAGAUAAGGCUUAUUUGGCCCAACAAGUGGACGCAUUGCAAAAGCAAUUGCAAAAGACUCGUUUAACGAAAAGAACUAUUCUGCGAAAAAUGAGAAACGUAACUGAUAAUUUGAGUGGUGCGGAACGAGAAAAAAUAGUUCGCCAAAAUCGUUUGGAACACUACGUCACUCAUCACAAAACGAAUAUAUACUCGGAGUUCGAAGGUGCACAAAACAAUUUACUUCGUCUUGAAAAUAUUUACGCUGUGAGGGCAGCCAAGAAAAUAUCAACCUAUUACGCCAAAAUCGCAUACAAAAACUAUCGCCUACGUGGCAUCACUAAAUCAAAAAAACUCAAAAAACUCAUAAGAAAAACAGCAAAAAAGACUUUCCUUGCCGUCUAUAAAAAAGCAACUAAAAUUAUUGAAAAAGAGACUUUGAGGCUUGGUGACGUCACUUUGGUCGAAAACGUAUUAAAACGAAAAAUCGAGAGAAUGAUACAAAACGCAAAGUUUAAAUAUCAAGUCAUUAAACACAAAAAAUCAAUCACAAAACUUAUCGGAAAAGAAUUGGCAUAUCGCGCUGCAAGACAUAUUUAA